AACAUGAAGGGCAGGGAAAAAUUGUGCGCGAAAUUGUCCAGCGCUUUUCUCAGGAAAUGGUGGUUCGUCGUCGCUAUAUCACUAGGAUGUUUAUUUUUCGGUUUUAUAGUCACAAUUUUCUUCAAUAGUUGGGUUAAAUUAGUCAUAAAUCACCAAAUUCAAUUAAGAGAUGGCUCGCAAACGACAGGUUGGUGGGCCAAACCUCCGGUUGAGCCCGUUAUCAAAGUCUACGUUUUCAAUGUCACCAACGCCGAUGAGUUCCUAAAUAACGGUUCGAAACCAGUCGUCGACGAAUUGGGACCUUUCGUAUACGUGGAGCGAUGGGAGAGGAAAAACCUGACAUUCCACGACAACGGAACGGUCUCCUACAACCUGAACAAGGCCUAUCACUUCGACGAGAGCCGAUCCAAGGGCUCCCAGGACGAUGUCGUCGUGGUGCCCAAUAUUCCCAUGCUCAGCGCCACGUCGCAAUCGAAGCACGCCGCCCGGUUCCUCAGGUUGGCCAUGGCCAGCAUCAUGGACAUCUUGAAAAUCAAACCGUUCGUCGAGGUCUCAGUCGGCCAGUUGCUCUGGGGCUACGAGGACCCCCUGCUCAAGCUCGCCAAAGACGUCGUACCCAAAGAACAGAAGCUCCCCUACGAAGAAUUCGGUCUGCUCUACAAGAAAAACGGCACGUCCGAGGACAGGAUAACGGUGAACGCCGGUACCGAGGACAUCACCAAAUACGGUCUGAUCGAUAACGUUAACGGAGCGAAGAACCUCAGCCAUUACACGACGGACGAGUGCAACAGCCUGGAGGCCUCGGACGGUUCCAUUUUCCCGCCACACAUGACCAAAAACACCACGCUCUACAUCUACGACAAGGACCUGUGCAGGAGAUUGCCGCUAGUAUUCCAGAAGGAAGUACUGGCCAGCAGUAACGAAGUACCGGCGUACAGGUUCAGUCCGCCUAAGAACGUCUUCGCCAACGUGGAAGAAAAUCCGGAGAACAUGUGUUAUUGCCCCCAAGGGCCUCCUUGCGCUCCUUCGGGCUUCUUCAACGUCUCCUUGUGCCAAUACGAUUCGCCCAUUUUGCUGUCGUUCCCGCACUUUUACCUGGCCGAAGACAAGUACCGGACGGCCUUCGACGGUAUUUCCCCGCCGAAUCCUGAGAAGCACACCUUCUACAUGGACGUACAGCCCAUGAUGGGCUCCUCGAUGUCGGCCAAAGCUCGCAUCCAAAUCAACUUGGCCGUGUCCCAGGUGGUCGACAUCAAGCAAGUCGCCAACUUUCCGGAUAUUAUUUUCCCCGUCAUUUGGUUCGAAGAGGGUAUUGAAUCGUUACCGGAAGAAGUGACAGGAUUAAUGAAGCUGGCGACGACAGCGCCCCCUCUGGCCCGGCUGGCCAUCUCCUGUUCGCUGUUCAUAGUGGGCUCCCUGUUGCUGGUGAUAGCCAUUUGGAGGCUCAUCAGGGGCGCGAAUAGGCUCAAUUCGUUGCACUUGGCGCCCGGUCACAUCGGGGGCCAGUCGAGCAAGAACAACGUCCCGAUGGGGAACGUGCCCAAGUAUUAGGGGGCGCUACGGAACGUCUGGAUUGGUCGGAAGUGGUUCCGAAGGUUACCCUGAUGAUGAGUGGAGUAUUUUUUGACAAGUGACAUUGAUGACGUUGACGGGGGUAUCGACUAAUUCGGACGACUGGUUGUAGUGUGUGGGACAACGAAAAUUUUGAUAGUGUGAUAACUUGCCUAGUGGGCUUCUACUUCUUUUUUUU